AUGAAUCCUAGCUCCUGUCGUAAUAAAUACGAAAACAAACACACAGUCACAACGUUUUUCGGAAUGGAUUCGGGAUUUCAACCAUAUACUUCAAAAGAAGUUAAUAUGAGUUGGAUGGAAAAAAUUGUUUUAUUUCUCGCGGAUGAGUUUAACAUUCGCCUAAGGUGGAACAUAAAAGACGCUGCAAUAUUUACUACAGGCUUUGCAAUAAUCGGGACUGCAAUUGGUGGAUAUAAUGGUGGUAAAGUAGGAGCUGCUAUUGGAGCAGGAGUUGGUGGAGUUACAGGACUGGCAGUAUCCACCGUAAUUUCGCUUCGAGAAGCUUGGGAGUGGGUCAAAUAUUACUUAAAAGAGCUCUACUACAUAAUUGUCAACUUCCUACGGAGGCUCGAGCCAGAGGAUUAUUACAGAGCUUUUAAGAUUGUGUUGACUUCCGUGAAUAUUCGAAAGGAGCUUGUAUUGAUCAUUAUAAGUGUCAUUGAAGAAGUGUUGAAGGUUCGAGGAGGUCGAGUGGUUUCUAGUAUCACUACUUCUUAA